AUGGCGAGCGCAGAGCCGGCCCCGACCACGCGCGAGUUUAUGAUUUCGGGCCAGCGCGUGCUUUUUCCUUACAAGCCUUAUCCUUCACAAUUCUUGCUCAUCUCUGCCACCAUCAAGGCUCUUCUUAAAGUGUGUGCUCCGACUUGCUUGACCGCGAAAUGCCUGCUGAAUCAUGUCAUCAAGCCUCCUCCGUCUCUAACCAAGCCUUGGGUGCGUCUCGAGCAGAAGGACAAUGCACUGCUUGAAUCGCCCACUGGAACUGGCAAAACCCUUGCACUGCUGUGCUCGGUCCUUGCUUGGCAAAAGUCCGAGAAGAUGCGCAUCGCCGCGAUGCGAGCGGACCUUGAGGCCCAGCUCGCCACCGACGCACACUCACAAGACGAGGAGGAUGAAACCAUGGCAAAUACAAAGGCCAAGCCCGCCCAUGUACCUUCCCGCCCCCUAUCCCGUGGCCCAGGAGCCAACGGGCAGCUGCUCGAAGAAGAGGAUGACGACUUUCGUGUCACGGCUUUGGAGCGCCUCAACACGGGAUUCAAGGGUGCGAGGAGAGCCAGCCCGUUUCCAGGUCCCGUAAAGCCGUCAAACACAACUGUGAAUGCUGCUGCUGCCGCGCCAAGAACUACACCUGCCAGCAAGAAGGCCAAGCUGUCCGCGCAAGACCGCAAGCAGCUCCGCGUUCCGACCAUCUAUUUUGGAACUCGAACGCAUCGCCAGCUUGCGCAAGUCACCAGUGAGCUGAAACGUUCUGCAUACAGUGAUGUUCGCAUGACUGUGCUUUCCUCCCGUGAGCACACUUGCGUGCACCCACGAGUUUCGAAAGCAUCUCACAAGAACGACGAGUGUUCCAAGCUGCUGGGCGGCAAGGGGCAAGGAGGAGCUCAGUGCCAUUGCUACCACAAUGCAAAACAGCUCGCCAACGGUCGUCAAUUUCGCCAUGGAGCCUGGGAUCUUGAAGACCUCGUGGCCCGAGGUCGCAAGCAGCGAGCAUGUGCCUAUUUUGCAGCUCGCGAACUCGCUCCCACGGCCGAGCUCGUUUUUUGCCCCUACAACUAUUUGGUACAAACGACAACGGUUCAUCAGCUCUGCUUGCCAUCUCUUGCUCUCAUGCAACGUCUUACGGUGCUUGCCUCACUUCCCUUGCCUCAUCCACUCCUCUUGUCCACCCAAAACUCUUACACGAUGACAACAUCAAAUGCAACGGCGCCACAGUACUGCUUCCAGACGACAUUGCCCGACGAUUGGGAGAACUCCACCUUGAUCAAACCCUUGUGGACCAGUCAGUCGCUGGCCUCAAGAAAUUUCAAGAUUCGCUCGAUGAUGAGGGAGAACCCACCCAAACAGCCUCGCAGCUUCUGUUUCGAGCGGAACAGUGAAGAUGGCGAAUGGCGCUUUCAUCUCUGGUGCAUGAACCCCGCCUUGGCAUUUCGAUCGGCCUUGUCCGACACUCACAGUGUCCUCUUGGCAUCCGCCAACUAUAAACACACAUCCAGUCCCUCUUUUCAAGACGAGAUUGGAAAUGUCGUGCUCACAAUUUGCGAGCUGAAGCUAGUGGUGAAGGAACCGAGAACCAGCCACGAUGGCGGCUUUGAUGGUCAGUUAAAGCGGUUUUACGCAAAUGUGGCUCCACGCAAGCGGCGCACAGGAGCCCUCUUCAUGGCCGUGUGCCGGGGCAAGGCCUCGGAAGGCAUUGACUUUUCAGAUGACCGAGCUCGCGCCGUCAUUACGGUCGGCAUCCCUUUUCCAGCCUUCAAGGAUCCUGAGGUGACGCAAAAACGCGAGUACAACACAAAGCUGAGCAAACAGGCGCGAUCGUCUCACUUGAACGGGGAUCAAUGGUACCAAAUUCAGGCGUUCCGCGCGCUAAACCAGGCCUUGGGGCGUUGCAUCCGCCAUCGCAAUGAUUGGGGUGCCAUUGUCAUGAUUGAUGCUCGCAUGAAGGAAAGUGCGCAGUAUCAAGGGCAGUUGUCCAAGUGGCUGAGGACACAAGUGCAACACUUUGAUACAGUCCCCACUUUUGCACAUCGGCUUGAGACCUUUGUUGCACAGUGCAUGGGACAAGAAUGGAACCGAGGUGCUGCAGCGUCACACGCCCAUGUGGAUGAUCUCAUCAAUAGCGUUAUGGACGCGGCUGAGCUCAAGGCGCCUGCGAAACCUACUCGCGGAACAUUAGAGGGCGCAGGGUUUUUCCUCGAGCCCCAACGCGUCGACAGAGCAGGCCCGGCCCACGCGGAGACAGAAGCCCAGCCGCCUGCUCGGCCUGCGGCCAAGCAUGCAACUCGGGAAGACUCUGGCAUCGGGUCAGAACAAGUCCAUCGUCCCAAAUCUUCCUCAGGAAAGCCAAGUGGUACGCACAACACGGACACCACCCCUGGUGCUCCACUCAAUACCAAUGCUCUGGAGGCGGCCAAUAUUGGGCGGGCGGCAUCCAAAGGGCCCGAGACUCAGUUGACGGGAGAAGAAGGGGCAAGCGAGUUGGCACCGGUGGUAGGCGAUCGCCAAACACCGCCGUCAUCACCGGGCCCAGCAACAGCCAUUAUAAGUGGGGCCAAUUUGGCGCCUGCUCCCUCAUCGCCGCUCCCAGAGACGAGCAGUGUCAGUAACCGAGAGGCACGCCAUGACACGGAUAGUGUGGAACUCGACGAUACUCCGGAACCCUCAAUCUUCUUGCUUGACUCGCCUAUCAAAAUGUCGCAAGCUAGCCGUGAGGCUGCGCUUGGCUUGGCUAGUUUGCUGGAACCUGACAGUGCAAUGACAGCACAGCAACCACUCGCAUGCUGGCGCUGUCAGGAUGAUUUGCUGAGCUCAUUGCCGGAUGACAAGGCUCGUCAAGGCGUCGCCGCCGCUGCUUCAGUGAUUGAUGCGCACGCUGCGCCUGCGCAAUUGCGCUGGAUAGUCGGCACGCGUGUGAAGCUGACGCAUCUCAUUAGCUUACCUGCCAGUGCCGUUCCACAGACUGUCAUGGCACCGCUUCAGCCCCCUCCACUGGGCCUCAAUGCCUGCAUGGAUGCCUCAACGGAUCUAUUGCUGGUUGCUCUGAUUUGUCCGCAGUGUGGCUGUGUUUGUGGCUGUCAAGCCCGAUCCUUGACGCAUUCGGGCGAUGCAGGUCACGUCUGGUUCGUGGUUUAG